UCCACCUCCCGCUCUCCUCAUCGUCGCGCUGCUCGCUGCUCGAUGUUCUCGCCGCCACUCUCCGCCCUUGCGCUGCCCUCGCGCCUCGCGCACCUGCAUUCCUCUCCGCUGCUCGCGUCCGACAUCCUGCUGCGGCCCGUGUCCGAGCUGAGCGCAGCGCUGCGCCUCGCCGAGCGCGACGUGCUCUUGCUGCAGCAUGCCGCCGCAGAGGCGCUCGCGGGUCCCGCUGCAUGUGUGGCAGAGGGACAUGACGAGGAGCAUGAGAGCGCUGGCGCGCUACUGCAGACGGGAGAUGCACGCAUCGAUGCGCUGCUGGGCGGCGGCGUGCAGCGCGGCAGCCUCACCGAGCUCGUCGGCGAGAGCUCGUCAGGCAAGACACAGCUGCUGCUUCAGCUCGCAGUGCACACGGCGCUCGGACUUGCCUCUGCCUCACUUUCCUCUGCCUCUUCCACGCCGAGCUCCUCCUCGGCAGCAGGACGCGCUGCGAGGUGGCAUGCUCCGCAAGGCGUAGCCUACCUCUCCACCUCCGGGCUUGCCUCCGCGUCGGCACUCGUGCGCCGCCUCGUCGAGAUCAGCGAUCAUUCCGUUCUUGCUUCUCUGCGUCCUUCUUCCUCUGCUGCCUCCUCAGGCGCCGGCGCUGGGCGCGCCAAGCAGGCGAGGCCAUCGGUCUACGAAGCCGAGGAAGUCGAGCUGGCGCGUGAACGCAUGCUUGCGAAUGUACACCUCGCAUGCGUGGGCGAUGGCGAGGCACUCGAACAUGCUCUUCUCUACACGCUGCCUGCACUCAUCCAUCGCUGCUCUUCCGACGCAAAGGAUGCAGCAGCGGCGCAGCAACGAGAAGAAGGAGGAGGUGGAGCGGCAGAGAUAGGCCUGAUCAUCAUCGACGAUCUGCCCGCACUGUUUCAAGAGGACAACAACAGUGGCUCCAUGUCGAGCCUGGUGGCGCGCUCCAGGAUGCUCUUCGAGCUUGCGGACCGACUCAAAGUGCUCGCGCAUUGCGGCGGCAGGGAGGACGCAAGCACAGUCUCCUCGACGUCUGCCGAGCACACAGCAACGACGCCGAAGCGCAGGCCUAUCGCGGUCGUGGUAGUGAACCACGUCUCGGACGUCUUCGAGCGCGAACGGGCAUUAGCCAUCUCCUCAGGCCGAGAACUGCUCUCGCUCUCCUCCUCCGCGCCUGCCUCGCGCAGCAUUGCCGACCUGCCGCGCACGCUGCGUACGGCGCGCGAAGCAGGCCUCGAUGCGCCGCUGGCGUUCGUGCAGCAGGCCGCGACCUUCUCCGGUCUCUACGCGACCAACGAUGCGCUGCUUGAGGCGCUCAGGCGCGGAGAAGAUGCGCGAGGCAUCGACGCUGCAACUUCGAGACUGAAACAGGCGGCACUGGGUCUGCCGUGGGUCAACGGCAUCAACACGCGGCUCUUGCUCUCGAAGUCGCCGAGGAAGACUGCGGGAGGAGCGGGAGAAGAGGGAGAGGCGGGCAGGAAGGAGCAGCAAGUCAGUCGUGCCACGCUGCUGUUCUCGCCGUUCGCUAGCGCACAGAAGAGUGUACGCUUCGUGAUCGGUCCUGGGGGCGUCAGGUCACUCGAGGAGGAUGCAAUCUGAUGAGCUCGAGG